AAACCUGUAAAAAUAUCACUUGUCGAAUACCUAGUACGUGAGGUUUCCGCCAAAUAUGAGAUACUAAACUGUGGUGUGAUUUGUGAUAAAUUUCAUUGCCAAAAGGGGAUGAGGAGUAUACAAGUGCCAAUUUUUACGACACUACGUACGUCCCACGAUAUACGAUUUUCGCGUUAUUGCUAAUUAGUUUUGUUGUUGGAAGCGUAUUUUCCUUUAUCUACGUGUGUUUAGCCCCAGUGGAAACUCGUAAAGUCAAAAGUUUUGGUUCAAACAAUUAGAUUUUAUUGUAGAUAAAAUGAAUAAUGCUAUAAGCAAGGGCUUACGCUCGCCGAUGAGGAGUUUGGCAAAUUUGAGAAGAGCUAAAGCAAUAUCAACCUCAAUAGUUCACAAUGAAACUAUAUUAGUUAAGAAUAACGAAGAAUUUGUUAAUAAGGUAAUGAACAAUGAGAAGCCGGUAAUAGUAAAUUUCCAUGCGGAAUGGUGUGAGCCGUGCAAAAUCCUCACACCAAAACUGAAGGAAUUGAUUGAACCGCUGGAUAACUUGGAUCUGGCGAUUGUUGAUGUGGAAGAGAAUGCUGAUCUAGUGCAUACAUUUGAGGUAAAAGCAGUCCCGGCAGUUAUAGCUGUAAAGAAUGGCUUGAUUGUAGAUAAAUUCAUAGGUCUGGUGGAUGCAGACAUGAUUACAAACCUCAUAGACAAAAUGUCCGGUAAGAAAACUAACUCAUAGGCUAUGGUUUUUAAUUGUAGAUAUCAGUUUUAUUAAACAAUGACCAAAUAUGAUUAAUAAUUUUGGUUAUAUGUUAAUUAGUGAAUAUAAAUAAAUGUUGAUUAUAUAAAAUAUAAAAAAUAUAUAUAAAAGUCAAAAAGCAGCUUAUGUAUGUUACUCUCUAAUUUGUUCUUGCCAAUUUAGUAUGGUAACACUGGUUUGGAUUAAAAAAAUAAACAAACCAAACAAACAUUUUUUUUGUGGUGAUACUUCAUAUUUCAAA